AUGUCAACAGAAAAUACUGCCACCACUUGCAGCAACACUGUUCAAAGAACUGGAUCCUGUCGAUGUGGUCAAUUACGCUUCUCUGUGAAAGGCAACACUCGCCUCUACUGUGGUUUGUGUCAUUGCAGAAAUUGUCGAUUGGCCACCUCAGCUCCAGUGGCUCUUGUCAUUGGAAUUUCAAAAGAUAAUUUCGAAUGGACGCACGGAAAGGACACUGUGUUAAAAACUGUGAAAAUCUCGGACCGAAUGGAGGGAUAUUAUUGUGGACAAUGUGGUGGUUAUAUGGCACAAGGAAUGCCUGAAUAUCCUGUCAUUGGAACUUUGGGUUGUGUCUAUGAUGACAUGAAACAAGAAUUUUGUCCGAGGGAUAUGUUGCAAAGUGAUGAGGACGUGAAACAAUUUUUCUCUCCCACAGCUCAUGUGAAUUAUGAGAAUCGUGUAAUUGACAUUCCAGAUCAAUUGCCAAAAUAUAUGGAUUUCCAGAAACCGAUUGGCUCAGGAAGAUUGUACCAAGAGCAAUAA